UGAUAUAGUCCGUUCUACCCCAUCUGUUCCUAUGUGGCCCAAUAAAAAAGGCACAGGGUCGAAAUUAGGUUACGGGGUUCGAGGUAAUGGUUCAUUGAAGAUCAAAGAAUUGGAUCCAAAUAAUGAUGGGAAGACCAAGUUUGAACCGUACCUUGAAUUUCCCAGAAUACGAAAUGAAGGGCUUGAGUUGAAUAGAGUUGAAAAAGGAUUUAUGGAGAUUAACCCAGAACAGAUUUCUGGUGACUACUCUGGUCUUAAGCCUUCUAAAUCAACGGCUUUUUUUGAUAAACAUAUCCCCCGAGAUUUAAUGAAAGCUUUGAAGGUCGAUUCCAACAUGAUAACUUCCUCUGUUACUCACGAUCCUACAUAUGGUGAUCUUGUUUGCUUUUUUGAUAUCAAAUCAGGGCUGGGGGUAUAUUCAAGUACAGCUAUGGCAUAUGUGACCGGCGAAGUUGGAAGUAUUUUAAAUGUUGGAGUGAUGAAGUAUCAGAGGAGAACUAUUCUACAUGAAUCCACGCCUAAGAAGGUGCUAUUCCCCCAUUUCCCACAGGAAACACUUCAAAUCCAUUUUUCUGAACCCAUUAAACAAAUAGAGUUUUGUAAAGUUCAAGACAACUUUGAUACCAUCCAUCCUCAUCUAGCAGUGAGAACUGAUUCUAAAGUAGUCAUUAUCAAAGUCUUACGAGGUAUCCAAUUGAACCUCAAGCUAUCAAAGUUGACGGAAAUAUCUGUGGAUGAGCUCGAGGGCUAUUCUUUUGUUGACGCUAGUUUCAAUCAUUGGAACGGUGAACAGCUUGCAGUAGUUGACGUUAGAGGAAAUUUUGGGGUUUGGAGGAUUCAAUCCAGAGAAAGUAAGACUGCUGUCAAAAGAGUGGACUUAGAAGGAAACAUGGAAGUUCAAGAAUCAAAUGAUGAAAAUGCUAAUACAAAUGCAACUUGCAGACCGUCCAUAUAUGACCCUUCAGAAUUAUCACAUUGGAAAAAAAUAGUAUGGUGUUAUGAUGGUAACAAUCUCCUUUUAAUUUCCAGAUCUACAAUCAUUAGAUUCAGCUUAUUGCCCUACUUAUCAUCCAAAAAAAUAAUAACUUCGAAGUCAUGGUCCAAAAUUCGUGAUUUUAAAUUAGUAACCGCUUCCAUGAAUUAUGCAUUUUUGCUAACAAGCAAGGAAAUAAUUCUUGUACACAUAGGUGAAAAGUUAGACAAGGUUUUAGCUUGGAAGCAUUUUCUAUUAGAUUCUGAUCCAUCAUUAAAAAUUAACGUAACGGAGUACGAUGACGAUUCGAAAUUUCUUUGUUCGGUCUAUUCAGAAGUAAAUCCUCUUAUUUUCAUUUAUAAUUUUGGAUUUAUAGAAGAUAAAGCAUUUUCUUUAAGAGACCCUUACUUCAUUGAAAGGUCAGACAAGAAAAGCCACUUGCGUCAGUUUUUCAUAAGCGAGCUCAAUAAAGGCUUCUUCUCCACAGUCAGGAAUGAACUAGAAGUUGAUUACGACGGAGAAAUUGGCAAAUUAUUCGGUGUCUUUGAAUUGGGUAAUAAUUUGAAAUUUACCAUGGAGAUACGCUCGGAAAAGAGUGGCAUAUUUUUAAGGAAACCUUUGGAUUUCAAUAUAGACUACGAGAAUUUCGAUAACGGGCUGAAGCAAAAGGCGUCAAAGUAUUUCAAUAAACUUAGCAAGUCGAAACUAUUGUCAAUGGCAGAAAGUUUGAAAGCUGGGCCAAAUAAAGAUUGUGAUGAAAUUGAUCUCAUUCAAGCGUAUGCUUUCAAACUUGGUGAAAAGGUUCAACAACUUUCUGCCAGCAACGAAGAUGAAGAGCCUAAAAGUCUAUCUAUUGUUGACAUAUCGAAAGAUUUACCUUUAUCCGUGACGGAUCUCAAUGAGUUUGAUUGUAUGAUAGAUCAACUAAUUGGAUAUUACAAGCAAAAUGGCGUUAAUAUUUCCAAUAUAGGCAAUCAACUAGCUAUGAAUGAUAUUUUCAAAAAUCUUGAGAGUACGAAUUUACUGAAAAAUCUUGAAAAAUUUUUAAAAGACGUUUAUUUAUCCAAAGAAACUGCAUUAUUUAAUCAUGGAGAGUACAUCAGACAAGUAGCUCUUUUAUUGAGUACAUGUUCGAUGAAGGCAACUUUAGAGAAGCAUGAUCCAAAUUACUAUGAGACUAAGGUAUCUGGUGAAAUUGAAGACUCUGACAAGGCCCUACAAGAUAUUUUAGAGUCAUGGGACCUGAACAGUUUUAAUGAAACCCAAAUUAGAGAAUCACAAUCUAAUACCCCAUCAUUGACUCCUACUAUUAAUUUAUCAUCACAAAGUUCUACUGCUUCAUUUAAAAAGAAAAAGUCUCAGCGAUCCCAAAAGGACCUCAGGCACCAACUUUUCAAUUCCCAAAUAGCAUCACAGAAAAAGGACAACUAUGCUCCAACUUAUGCAUCACAACUAUCGCAAGCUGUUUACACGGCUUCUCAAGAUGGUUUUGGAUUGUCUCAAGAAUCAGAACCGUCGUCGUCAGGAUUUCAUUCCCCAAUCCCACUGUCUUCACAAGCUUUAUCACAGUCACAAGGACAUUUAGAGUCUUCGAAUCAAUCACAAAAGCGAAUGCCAUCACUGCAAUCGAGUCAAAGAAAGAAGAAAAAGAAGAAGUCCGGAUUUGCAUAAUUUUCAAGCAUCAUAAUGCUUCACACUUGUAAUAUAUUUGUAUAUAUUUGUAUAAUAGUUCAUAUCAACCAAACGUUAAAGAUAAAUUUACAUUCAGUUCAAUACCAGACUAGUUUCGUUGUUAACUUUGUUAAUGGAAUCAGCUAAUUGUAAUGGGUCGACACCUUGAUCUAGCAACUUGAUACACAAUUGUAGAGUAGUUUCAUCAAUAUUCACAUUGAGCAAUUUGGCCAAAUCGUUCAUUAACGAAUUCGGUGAAUUACCUUGACUAGGAGUGAAACUCGAUCCGGACAUGUCAGCUUGUG